AUCGACAUAAAAUAAAAAAACAAAAAACAAAUAGCGAACUUACGAAGAGAUGUGAUCAGCAGUAAAUGAAAAUCACCCCUUUAUUUGUCGUCUUUCUCUCUCCUCUUUUCGUUUCAAAAACCUCUCAAACAAGCCGGCAACACUAACCAAUCAAAAAAUCUAGCGCAGAAAGUGAGACAAUUUUGCAGUCGGUUAAGAUUUUUUUCCCCUAAAUCUCAGUAUUUCUAUUAAUCGUGUUUACUUCAACUUUGGAAGAAUUUCAGGUGCACUUGACCCAAUUACUUUUAUUUGAUUUUCCCCAAAUUUUUGGUCUAAUCUGAAUCUUAAUUUUGGUGGGUAUUGAUCUAAUUUGGGUAUAAAUUAGUGGGUAAUUGGUUGAUUUUAAGUUGUGUGAAAUUUGAUUAUCUGGGUUGAAUUUGAAUUUCCAGAUGGUAUAUCACAAUACUGUGUGUAAGUCAAUUGAACAAUCUAAUACGAUGACAGUUUCAAUGAGUUUAAGCGAGCCAGAUUUGAAAUCAAAGCAGAUUAAUCAAAUUCAGAAGAAUCGAAGAUUACCCAAUUCAUCUAAUCAUCAGGUUUCUUCAAGUUGUUGUGAAUCUCGUUUAGCUGUUCUUGAUGUGAUUAUGUUGAUUGCUGCAAUUGGUGCUAUUGGUUUUUUGCUGUAUCCAUAUGUUAGUUAUACAUAUGUUAAAGUUGCUGAGAUUGGGAGUUUGGUGUGUUGUAUCUUGAAAGAUGAAAUUUAUGAGAAUCCAAUGAUUUAUGGGUCUUUGGGGCUUAGUAUGGUGUGUGUAGCGAUGGCUGCUUGGGCAAUUGUGAUGUGUACAACUCGAAAGUGUGCGAAUCCGAGUUGUCGGGGUUUAUGGAAGGCUGCUGAGUUUGAUAUACAGCUGGAGACAGAGGAAUGUGUAAAGAACUCCAAUUCACCGUCUAAGGAUGGUGUUAAGAGGGGCUUGUUUGAAUUGCCGCGUGAUCAUCAUCGCGAACUGGAAGCUGAGCUUAAGAAAAUCGCACCGCCUAAUGGAAGAGCAGUUCUUGUGUUUCGUGCUAGGUGUGGAUGUUCUGUUGGUAGAAUGGAAGUUCCAGGUCCAAGGAAGGCUCGGAAGAUCAAGAAGUAGAUAAUGUUGUAUGGUUUUUCGUUCAUGAAUAUACCCACUAUAAAGUUGAAAACACAGAGGAUCUUAGCUGGAGUGUUUGUUUUUAAAUAAGUUGAUGCUAAUAAGUUGUAAGAACUGCAUACUGUUGGUCUUUCUUACAGUUAUAAUAGAAUUAUCCUUCCUGAAUUACAUCUUAGCAUAUGUCUUUUACUUAUAAUGUUCAUUGUUUAUGAAUUGGUCACAUCAUUUUAUCUUUCCAA